UGACUUUCGCCGCCUUUUCUCCGCCACACCUCUUCCUCGCACCCCUCUUCUUCAGCGUGUCUGUGUGAGUGAAAUUGAGCCGACGACCGGCGACCGGCAACCGUCAACCACCGACUCUCUCAUUUGCAGGUGGGACUCGUUCAGCGCACCCCCCCUCUCUCUCUCUUCGUUUUCUCUAAAACCCUCUGCCUCUCUCUGAAACCGUUACAAGUUGAAACCCUUUGCCUCGAAGCGGAGGUUGAAAUCACGGCUUCAACAAGCCUGCCCUGCUGCACCAUGUCCGAAGCCACGGCACGGUGCCAAGGACCAGAUGGGAUGACUGGACGGUCGAGGUGUGCGGCCGGCGAUGCUCACCAGGAAGUAGCUGGUGGAGGAGUUACCCGCUGGGGAGCCCGUCAUGCUCGUCCGCAGCGUCUCCACUAGCGUCUGGUACGGCCCCAGGCUCUGCGGCGUCCUCAGGCUGUGCGGCAUCCUCAGCAGCCGUAUGGGCGUGCUCAAUGUCCGCUUCGAGGGGUGCGAAGGACUGUCUCCAUGUAGGUCGGUUUGUUCUGGCUGCAAAGGUGGGAUCUCUCCCUUGUGCGCUUAAAAGAUCACCAUCAUUUUGGAGCUCUCCAUUUCUUUCUCUCUUCAUCUUGACGAUGCCCAUCUUCUUCUGAUUCUGAUACAACAUACAAGAGGAGCUCUCUUGCAGUACUGCUUCAUUUAUCAUGAUGGAUUUUCAUGAGGAGCCAUCGUUGGUAACGGGCCCGAUGGUUAACAACCUUAAAGAGCCAUCGCCUGCUACAGGAUUCUGUUUGAGAGGCCCCUUCUUCAAUUCCCUCAUUCGCAUCCUCUCGCUGAGUGAAGACGAUAGUGGUAGUGGUUUUAACUCCAGGAGCUCUCCCACCUGCGGCUUCAAUUCAACAUGGACUCCCAUCAAUUUUGAGACAUCAUCAGUUAGGUGUCCAAGAGCCUUGAAUCUUCUAAAGGGCCGGUUCUUCUCGGCUAUCAGUGGCUCAUCUUUGGACCCUCCUCUUUGUCCUGUCGAUACCCCUGGAUGCAUUUGCAGAAAAGGUGCUGCCUCUUCUUCUGAUUCAGGUUUUUCACGGAGCUCUACAACCCCCUACCUGGAAGUUGGUAUCCUUUUACCUCCUUCACCAAAGCUUGGAAUGCAGGAUAGAGCUAUAGAAACUGCAUUUCAUUCAGGUUCAGUGGAUGGUGAGGUUGGUGUUGAAUGCUCAGAUUUUCAGGGAAGGUCCUUGAAGCUACUCCCAGUUGCUUCUGUGGACAAAGAUGUUACCACUGAAAUGGAAAAUUCGCAUACUGAAGAGGCUGAUAGGAAUCAAUUAGCACAUAUUGAAGGAUUUGAAGAUGUUGCCGAUGCGGUUCGUGAUGAAGACUUGGGGCUUCCCUUUGACGGCGGUCAAAGAAAGCAAGAAGAGCGGGAGGAUGGCAGACUUGUUUCUUUGGAUGCAAAUCCAUCUUCUUCCAUGACGGAGGAGUUUGACAGAGUGGUUGUUAACGAGCUACCCACAGAUUCUACUAUUCCGAUGCUAAUAACAGAGCUCGAAGAAGGAGAAAUUUCAGAUAAUGAGAUGCAGAUUCCAAUGAAUGAUAGUUUAGAUUUACUACCAAAAGAAAUUUGCGUCCUUUCAGAGACAAACUUUUGCAAUAACACCAGAUACCAUCAGGGCCCUAUUAAUGUUCCGGUUCCUAAGGAUCUUAUCUAUUCUAACAUUUGUCUAGAGGUCCCCGAGAAUCUAGCAUCAACAGAUUGCCCUGUUCGUGCCAGUUUCAGGGAUAAUAAUUCUGACGUUCCUAAAGGAAAUGCAGGUGGAUGGGAUUCUCUCAAAAUAAAGGCUAAUCUGCCAACCGACAAGGCAGGAGUCAUUGGUGAGCUAGAAAGUCAAAAGGGAAAAGAACAUGGUGGUGGAGCUGAAAAACCUGACUCGAAUGUCUUGGUACCAGAAGAAAACAUUUUAGCUGGAGAUUUAGCUCAAGAUUAUAAAACAGUAUCAGACAGGAAGGAUGUUGAGCUCCACAAAGGCAAGAAAAAGAGGGGCCCUAUAACUGAUAAAGCCAAAGCGCGGAGACAGGAGAGGAAAAAGCAGAAAAGAGCUGAGAUGAAUAAAAAACUUGGCGUGAAGAAGCUGAAACUUCCAAUUUCAGUUCCAAAACCAAAACCGGUGUCUCUCUGUAGGUUUUACAUGCAUGGACAGUGUCGACAGGGUAAAGAGUGCAAGUUUUCACAUGAUGCCGUUCCCCUGACAAAGUCCCAGCCAUGUGUAUAUUUUGCGAGUCGAUCUCAACCAUGCUUGAAAGGAGAUGCAUGCCCUUUUGAUCACGAUCUCUCCAAAUAUCCUUGUCAUAAGUUCGUCCAAACUGGUUUCUGUAUCAGAGGAGAUAACUGUCUUUUCUCGCAUAAGCUGCCACCUAAUGGAGAUGCUUCUGUCAACACAAAAGAGACCUGCAUAGAACAUGAGAAGCGUGCUGAAAAAUCAAUUAUGAAAAAGUCCACGAACGUCAUCAGCAACAAGAGGAUGGCUCCUCAAGUUCUGAUGGUGCAGCAGCAGUCGGAAAAGCCUUGGAUGCUUCCUUCUAGAGUACCUGAAGGCAUAAGCUUUUUGUCAUUUGAGAAGCCGUCUGUAGGUGAUGGCAACAAGCUCCAAGUUCACAAUGUGCCUCCCCCGAAUGCGGAAGACAAGACUCCAGUGGGAAAGCAGAAUCAGAACACAGAGCAGAGCUCAGUGGAGACACCAUCCGUGUCCCAGGGGUCUGCUUGUCCUUCACUGCCUUAUAUCAAAUCUACAGAGCAAAGCUCAGUGGAGACACCAUCCGUGUCCCAGGGGUCUGCUUGUCCUUCACUGCCUUAUAUCAAAUCUACAGAGCAAGAGUACAAGAAUGCACCAUCCUCCACUCGCAGGGCGAUCUCUAAUGCACUUGCCUUUGCUUCCAAAUAUCAAUCAGAACUUAGGAGAACUUCAAUUGCAACAUCUGCUUCAUGCCUGCAGACCAGCACUCCGAAGAAUGACUCACAUAUUGGUCCCAGUUUAGCAAUUAGUGGUAGUGGGUCAAGUGAUAGACCUAAGACUGCAACUAUGAUACUGGAAGAAUUCUUGUUUGGUGGUGCUAAGACCUGAGGUUUGCUUUUGUUAUACACACAAGGAAGCAGAUUCAUCUCGCGAGCCUGGAAGCCAGCGUUUUGAAAGCAUUGCCCCGGCUGCAAGCAAGGGAAUUGUUGUGGUGGUUGGUGCAUCAGAUUGUCAUAUUAUGCAUUCCGGUUUCCCAGCUAUUGAGAAAAGAUAAAAAGGGUUCAACAUUGGUUUCAAGAUGGUGGUGUGGAAACAACUGGAUGAUGCAACCUGACGUCUACUUUAACGUAUAAGGGUUUACGAAUUGCUGCAUUUUGGAUAGUCGAGGCUGAUUAUCCGCCAAAUCCAUUUGAAGUGGCGAGCCUCACCAAGAAUACAUUAUAUCAAUGCUUGUGCAUCCUCAAUAGAUGGGCAAUAAAGAUCGUAGAUCCCUUUGGAAUGUGAUUUAGUAAAUAUGUACCUGUGAUUUUUUUGACAAUAGUGUGAGGGCCUAAGCCAGUUGGUUUUGAGUGGGAAUCAUAUAAACUGCUCCAGUAAUUGCCAACCACGAUCACACCAGGAACGCCUUUGGUCAAGUUGAUAAAGUCUAAUGAAGGCGAAUAACCUUGCUGGGGUCCGAGGAAAUACGAUCAACACAGCCUUCUGCUAUUAUCGAGACCUGCAAAGCUUGCCAACCUCAGGGGAGACAUUUUCUAGUUUACCAGCAUAAAUGGUAUGGUAACUUUUGAGUUCUUAGCACUGAAGAUCAGACCUGAUGCAUUUAAUGCUUCAAAAGGAAUUUAUUUCACUGUA